ACUUAACCCCAGUCAAUGUUGUAUAGCAUGUAUAAUACUUUGGGAGCAUCAUCACCUACGCCAGAGAAAUCUCCCAAGAAUCAGAGAAAGAUAAAAAGCUACACACAGGAGCGGCACAAAACCCAACCCAUCACGGACGCUGAAAAGGAAGAAGCUGAGAAAGAGGAGGAGGGUCUAAAAGUCGGCUCCUCUAUUAAAGAAAGACUUGCCUUCCUGAAGAAGAGUGGCGAUGAGGCAUGGAAGAAGAGGAUAGGGAAAGAUGUCGGCGGGGAAGACUCCCCAGUCAAGCUGCGCGACAGACCAGCCCGCCAGGGUCUUGAUGUCAAAGAAAACACAGGCAGCAUUGCAGACCGCCUCAAUCAGAUUGCUAAGUCAUCUCAGGGAUGGAAAGACCGAGUAGAGGAAAAAGAUGUUGACCAAUUCACAGUGGAAGGAAAAAUCAACAAACAAGAGAAGCAAGAUGACUCCCUUGCCUCUUCCACACCUCGGGCUCCGCCUGCCCCUGGGGCGUUCAAGCUUCCUCCCUUACCCAAGCAUACUCCUCGAGCUUCUGAUGACGCUGAGGAUGAGGAAGGUAAACUCCAGAAAUCAUACACAGUAGACGACCCAGAGCAUGCCGCGGAGCAGCAUAAGACAUCAGAGAUGGGGGUGGAGGCCAAACAGAUCAAUAAGGUGCAGGUGCCCCAGGCAGACGACGAAACUUUUGAUGCAUUUUUCCAAAAACCAGCUCAGACUAAAGAAGAUUCUGAGAGUGUGCGGGUGUCUGUGGAUGAUUUUAAUGAGUUAUUUAUGGAUGCUGGAGAAAUAUUACAGACAGCAAAGAAGGCUCGUCCACAGAGGCGCAAGGCAGGAUCGAAAAACCCGCUCAAGUCUCUGGCUGCCAGGAAAGACAUCCAGUCUGAAUAUAUCGAGAUCAGGACAGACGUCGCUGAUAGAGAACUGAAGAGGGUAAAGAGACAAGCAAUUGCCUCAGAAGCAGGGUUGGCAGAGGCAGCCCUGGCAGGUUUAGCCAGUACAGAAGACUUUGCUAAAAUUGCCCUGAAGAAGAUGAACCUGUCCCAGGGGGCUGUCACCCCAGGGGGAAUGGGCAGAAUGGAUCCCUAUAAAUCUGUCAUGUUACUACAAGUGAAAGGUAGGAGACAUGUUCAGACGAGGCUGGUGGAACCUUGUCCGCUGUCAGUGAACAGUGGCGACUCCUUUGUUCUGAUAGUGGAUGGCUCUGUGGUACACUGGACGGGAGAGUAUGCCAACGUCAUCGAGAAGGCCAAGGCUUCAGACAUUAGUACUUACAUAGUCCAGAAGAAGGACCUGGGAUGUAAGAACGCCAGAGAUGUGGGGAGUGUGGACGAGAAGAAGCAGCACCUGGGAGCUGGGAAACUGUUCUGGAAGACUCUGGGAGGCCAAGAUGAGUACACAAUGAGUGGUCCCCCAGAAGAAGAUGAGAUCUAUGAGCAGUGUAUGGUGCAGACCAACAUGAUCUACAGGUUUGAGGAUGACUCACUGGUGCCUUACACAGAAUACUGGGGAAAUGUGCCCAAGUACGAGAUGCUCAACCCAGAUCAGAUAUUUGUGUAUGACUUUGGCCCAGAGAUGUAUGUCUGGCUGGGCAAGAACAUGCCAUUUGACAAGAGAAAGAUUGCCAUUAAGCUCGCCAGACAGAUUUGGGACCAAGGUUACGAUUACUCUGAGUGUGACAUCAACCCUUUCUCUCCUCUCAGAAGUGAAGAAGAUGGAGGGGCUCCAGCCAAAGCUGAUAAACGCCCAGACUGGUCACUGUUUGGGAAGAUUACUCAGAAUAUGGAGACCAUUUUGUUUAAAGAAAAAUUCCUAGACUGGCCUGAUCCUGCUAGAAUUAUCACAGUAAAAGGAGCCGACACAGACAGUAAGACUAAGAAUGAGCCAGCUGUAGAAUUGAAGGCGUAUGACGCGGCGGUGAUGGUUCCUCUGGACACCUCUCCUGUCACCCUGUGUCUAGAGGGACAGAAUGUAGGGCGUGGCUUAAACUGGGCUGAGGAAUACGAAGGUUUGUGGAGAGAGUACGACAUCUUGACUCUUGGCUUGGCCAUGUGGCAUAUUCUGGAGUUUGAUCAUUACCAGCUGCCAGAAGAGUGUCUGGGACAGUUCCACAACCAGGACACCUACGUGGUGCGAUGGCAGUUCUUGGUGGGACAGAAAGGCAUGAAGAACCUGAAGGGAGGUGUAUCUAACAGACAAUCCAUGACAGGACGAGAGAGGUGUGCGUAUUUCUUCUGGCAGGGCAAGGGUUCGACAAUCAGUGAAAAAGGGGCCUCGGCUCUGAUGACAGUGGAGUUGGAUGAAGAAAGGGGACCACAGGUACGGGUGACAGAAGGCAAGGAGCCUCCAGCCUUCCUGAACUUGUUUGAAGGCAGGAUGAUUACAUACAUCGGCAAGCGUGAGGAGGAGUCUACCAACACUCAGGGAUCAUGGCGGCUUUACGCCAUCAGAGGAGAGCUGGAAACUGAGACGAAUUUGGUCGAGGUUCCAGCUAAAGUAGAAUGUUUGCGUAGUCGAUCUUCCUUCCUCUUGCUAAACAUAAAGACUGGGUAUUUGUAUGUGUGGCAUGGGUGUAAGUGCACUGCCAAUACCAGGAAGAAUGCCUUAGCAGCUGCUCAGAGACUUAAGAAUAAGUGCCCAGUGGAAGUGGGUCUCCAUGAGAAGGCCUCCAUCGUGAUCACAGAGGUAGAGGAGGGCAGUGAGAAGUCCAGCUUCUGGGCAGGCUUGGACUGCAAGGACAGGGACAAAUAUGACACCUUGCUAAAAUCUCCAGCCAAGUUUGACUACACCCCCCGUCUGUUCAACAUGACCAGUGUGGCAGGAACAUUUGAGGUGUCAGAAGUGCUCAAUCCCUGCAGACAUCCAGAUUAUGUGUCAGCAUUCCCUUUUAUACAGACAGAUCUCUACAAACACUCUCAGCCAGCAUUGUGCCUUAUAGACAACAAGACAGAGGUAUUUCUGUGGCAGGGCUGGUGGCCAGAGGGGACGGAGGAGGACGAGAACGUCAAGACAGGGUCGGCUCAUGCCAGGUUUGAUGUAGACAAGAGACUGGCCAUGGAAACAACACUGAAGUACUGCAAAGAAUGCAAUCCCUCUUCCCCUGCCAAAGCCUACUUGGUGUAUGCAGGACUGGAACCAAAGCAUUUUGUCAAUCUCUUUCCCUACUGGGAGUACAGGGAGGAUGUCACCAGCCUGAAUUUAAAGGAGGGCUUCGUGGAUGGUCAGAUGGACAAUAUGGAGGAGUCAAUGACGGAACUGUGUCGAAGCCGCUACACCAUGGCGGAACUGCAGGAGCGCCCUCUGCCAUCAGGAGUAGAUCCUCUGAAACUAGAAUCUUAUUUGUCUGAUGAAGAAUUUGAGGAAAUUCUCCAUAUGACAAAAGAAGAAUUCUACAGUUUACCAAAGUGGAAACAAUCAGAUCUCAAAAAGCCAGCCGGAUUGUUUUAACUGCUGAACAUUUGUGGAUAGAGUGCAAUACAAAUUUUCAAGACAAGAACAAUGAUAUGAAAUAUUUAACAAAAUUUCCUUGUUAAACUGUAAACAGGAUAAUGUGAAAAUAAAGUUUUGCUCAAGACAGAUACUUAAAAAAAAACAAUGUAUUAAAUUU